AUGCGCUCUGUACUGGCCGUCAGCCUAUUCGGUCUUGCGGGACUCACCUUUGCAAGCCCGUUGCAAUCGCAUAGCGAACGUAGCGAAGUGCCUUCUGGGUUUGUCACGACUAAUGGCACAAGUUUUCAACUUGACGGGGAGCCAUUCGCUUUCGUGGGGACUAACUCAUUCUGGCUGCCUUUAUUAACGAGCGAGGAUGAUGUUCACAUGACCCUCGAGACGAUGGCCGCUGCUGGCGUCGAAGUCGUCCGGACAUGGGGUUUCAAUGCGAUAAAUGCCUCUGAGCUAGAGUUUGCAACUUCCACCAACUUGACUUACUAUCAAGUUUGGAAUAGUUCGGGCUGGACUCUAAACGAAGGACCACAGGGGCUCCAAAGGCUCGACUAUGUAGUCUCUGCAGCCGCUAUGCAUGAUAUAAGGCUUAUCAUAACGUUCACCAAUAAUUGGGUCGGGUAUGGCGGUGCAGAUCUCUACGUUAACUGGCUGGCAGGCGCCGGUGCCACACAUGAUACUUUCUUUACGGAUCCUACUAUUAUUUCCUCAUACCAGCAAUACGUGCAAACCAUUGUCAACCGUUACAAAGACUCCCCUACCGUAUUCGCGUGGGAGCUUAUGAACGAAGCACGGUGCACCAGCGAUCUGCUUGCCUCCAGUGCGGCUUGUCAUCCUGGCUCAGGAACUCUGGGUCUGUGGUAUCAGCAACAAUCUGACUACGUUCGCAGUCUCGACCCGUACCACAUGAUCACCACUGGUGGCGAAGGCGAAUUUUAUUGGGCACAGCCAGACGAAUACUGGUAUAAUGGCACCUUAGUCAGCGAUUACAACUUCAAUGGUGAAGCUGGGGAAGAUUUCGAAUGGACCCUCGGCCUACCGAAUAUCGACUUCGGCGUCUACCAUAUGUACCCUCAGACUUGGUACCCUGAACUGGAUUAUCCCGGCUCGAACUUCUCCGUGGAAGAAUGGGGUCUUGAUUGGAUCGAGGCUCAUGCCCUGACUGCACAAAUGGUCGGCAAGCCGAUUGUCAUCGAAGAAUUCGGAGCAACCGGACUUGACAACAAGACAGCGAUCUAUCCAGCUUGGGUGCAGCGUACUUUGGACACCAAUCAUGCUGGAAUAAUGUGGUGGCAAUGGGGACAGUUAAACUUGACCGAAGAUGGAGGUAACCAAGCCUUUAAAUAUACGGAUGCUAUCGUCAACGGGGCUUCACCCAAUGACGGUUUCACCGUUUACACGAACCAGACAUCCGUAUUUGAUGUAUUUACGUGA